AUUCUUAAAACUUUUUUUUUUUAAUUUUCUUUUAUUAUGAAAACUACGAGUUUAAUCAGUUCAAACCCAGAUGCUUCUCAAAGUUUGAUCAACAAAAUCUAUGGGGUCUUCUCCGACAAUGACGUCCAAUUUUCGUCCCCGAUUUCCUCUGCCAGGACCACGGAAAUGGAGUUGGUUCGAGGAGUUGUUCGGAUGUUGCAAGGCUUUUCGGGUUCCUUGUUUUCCUGGGACCAAAAGGGGCGGCGGUUUUGUGUGAAAAAUGGGAUUUAUGUGACGCAUUUGUCGCAGUUGAGCCUCGGCGCGAUCCUCAACCAAUUCAUGAAUGCCGCUACGUGUUUGGAACUUGUACAAAUUGCGGUUUCUAAAGUGGAGACGCAGCUUAGAUCUCCUCCUCCCACUUUGAGAGCUUUUGCUUCCUCCGUUUCUUCAUGGCUCAAGAGGUUGCGUGAUAUUGCUUUGAAGGAAGAAACAAAGAUCAGCAAUUCAAAUGGGGAAACGAGGCUGACCCUGUUGGGAUUAACAAGUUCUUUAUCGAGCCUUUGCUCAGGUGCUGAAUAUCUAUUGCAAAUAGUUCACGAAGCCAUUCCCCAAGCAUGCUUUGAGCCUACUUCAUGUAUACCAUCUGCUGAAAUUGCUAUUCAUAUCCUUGACCAUCUCUAUCUAAAGCUUGGUGAAGCAUGUCUUGUGCAAGGUGGUGAGGGGGAUGUAUACCAGAUGCUAGUUCAUAUAUUUGUUGGAACCUUACUGCCAUACAUUGAGGGUCUUGACUCCUGGCUUUUUGAAGGGACACUGGAUGAUCCUUUUGAGGAGAUGUUCUUUUAUGCUAACAGAGCAAUCUCAGUUGAUGAGGCUGAGUUCUGGGAAAAGAGCUAUUUACUAAGGGUUGUCCAAAAUUGCAAGUUAAAAGUUGACCCCUCUGCCCCAACUGAUACCAAUGAUUAUGUACCUGGGACUAGUAACAAGAAGGAAACAGCUGAAAAGGAGUUUGUUUCUACAUCUAGUUCUAUGAAAGGAAAAGAGCAAAACAAUAGAGACCUUCUAGUGUGUCCUUUAUUUAUUAAGGACAUAGCAAAGUCAAUUGUUUCUGCUGGGAAAUCAUUGCAGCUGAUCCGCCAUGUUCCCAUGACAUCAACACUGCCUUCUAGCAAAAAUAAUGAUAAAUGCAAUGAUGGUUUUGAGAGUUAUCAUGAUGACUGCGAUAUAAACAAGAUGAAUCAUUGGCAAUGCAUGACAGGGUUAGCGUUGGCUGAAAUAUUUUGUGUUUCAUUGGCGGGUCUUUUAGGCCAUGGUGAUCACAUCUCUCAAUACUUUUGCCAAGGUGACCAGAGCAAAGCUGGGAUUAUAUCUUCCUUGUUCUCAUAUGUGAAAGAACAGAUCAUGGAGUAUGGGACUGCUGAACCCUUGCCACCUUCAACAUACUCAGAGAAGAUCUGGUAUAACUUCUUGGUUGAUUCAUUGUUAAAGAAAAAGUCUAUAGAUGUAGAGCCUGCAGAUAAGGAUUCAUGUUGUUUUCCAGAUACAAAAGCAAAAAAUAUGGUUAUAGGUGUUGAAAAUAAAUUUUCGCUCCAACAAUCUUUCUGUCCAGAAAAUCUAGUCCUUACUGUGUGUCAAACUUUCCUUGAUAAGAACAGGAAUUCCUGGAAGGCACUAAACUUAUCAGAAAAGUUUUACUUACCUCCUUUAAAUGAUGAAUACUUAAGAAAAGCUGUUUUCGGAGAGAAAAGUGAGCUAGUUUCUGGACCUCAUGGAACAAACUAUACUCUUGGUUUCCAGUUUGGUGAAUCUGAUCAUCUUCGUGCUCAGCAUGACACUAAGUUGUUGGAAGUGUUGUUUCCCUUUCCUACUCUUCUUCCUUCUUUACAGGAUGACAUCCACAUGUCAGAGCUCUUGCCUUUCCAGAAGAAUAGCACCCUUUUAUCAAGAGUACUUAGCUGGAUUCAAACUUUUCAGCCAAGGACUACCCCACUUCCUAUGGUUAUUAUGCAGGAAUGUCUCACUGUCUACAUCAAGAAGCAGGUGGAUUAUAUUGGCAGCCUUAUCCUGUCAAAGUUAAUGAAUGGUUGGAGAUUGAUGGAUGAGCUUGCGGUAUUGCGUGCCAUAUACUUGUUAGGUUCAGGUGAUUUGUUGCAACACUUUUUGACAGUGAUAUUCAAUAAGCUGGAUAAAGGAGAAACUUGGGAUGAUGAUUUUGAGUUGAACACAAUAUUGCAGGAAUCCAUUAGAAACUCAGCUGAUGGCUUGCUACUCAGUGCACCAGAUUCUUUGGUGGUAUCCAUUUCCAAGACUCAUGGUAUUGAUGGUGAUGAGCAAACUAAUACAGCUAAUGUUGCUUCAGCUCUGCAUAAAAGUCGUCCACACAGCUAUGGAAUUGAUGGCCUUGACUCUGUGAAAUUCAUCUAUAAGGUCUCUUGGCCCCUUGAACUGAUAGCUAAUUCAGAGGCAAUUAAGAAGUAUAAUCAGGUCAUGGCAUUCUUGCUGAAGGUCAAGCGGGCUAAGUUUGCACUUGAUAAAGCUCGGAGAUGGAUGUGGAAGGAUAAAGGCACUGUAAGAAACAAUCGCAAGCGCCACUGGUUAGUGGAGCAAAAACUCCUUCAUUUUGUGGAUGCUUUUCACCAAUACGUAAUGGAUAGAGUGUAUCAUAGCGCAUGGCGUGAACUUUGUGAAGGAAUGGCAGCUGCUGGGUCUCUGGAUGAAGUUAUAGAAGUACAUGAGGCCUACUUGUUAUCAAUUCAUCGGCAAUGCUUUGUGGCUCCAGAUAAGCUGUGGGCUCUGAUUGCAAGCCGAAUCAACAGCAUUCUUGGACUAGCUCUGGACUUCUAUUCCAUACAGCAGACUUUAAGCAGUGGUGGAACAGUUUCUGCAAUUAAGGCCAGAUGUGAAAUGGAAGUGGACCGGAUUGAGAAGCAGUUUGAUGAUUGCAUUGCUUUCCUCCUUAGAGUCCUCUCUUUCAAGCUCAAUGUGGGGCACUUUCCUCAUUUGGCUGAUCUGGUUGCCAGAAUUAAUUACAACAAUUUCUACAUGUCUGAUGGUGGAAACUUGAUGACCACCCCUAGCUCUGAAAGUGCUACUGCAAGACUGGGGAAGGCCUUUGCGAAUUGAACAGAAUUAAUGCAGUUGCUUUCUGUUACUUACGAUGCCUUAUCACCAUACAAGGUGUGAUCAGGGCAGUUUGAAUGAUAGUCUCUAAAAAUGCUCAUAUCUAUAAUCUGCGAGUUUGUGACAGACAAGGUGAGUUUGAAGAUAUCAGUUGGUUUGGCAGUGGGUUUAAUCUUUUCAUCAAGAUUAUGGAGUUGAUCAACCAUCUGCCUGUGGAGCCCAAUUGUACCAUUGGUAAUCGAAAUCCUGGUGUAGAAAGUACACAUUUCAAUUAGAUUUUAGGUUCUUGAUGGUGUGGAAAUCAUAUCACUCUAUCAGUAUUGUGUGGUGCGGUUGAUUUAGGCAGUUAGCAGCAGGUUGAUAUUAGUUCCUGAUUUACAUUUUGUUACAUGUUCAUGAUAAGCAAUGCUUACAAAAGUCAAUCAUGGAUAUUCUAUCUUGAAGUUCACUGGAAGUUAUCUUGUGACUGAAAAUUUUGUAUAUAUAUCAUGUUAGGAAUUACAGUAAGAAUAUUGCUUUGUAUCAAAAAAAAAAAAAAGGGUGGGGAACAUAUGUGAGAACAUUGCUUUAUGACAAGACCCUAGCUUCUUGUCAAAUAUUCAUCGUUUCAAGAUAA